CCUCGAGAAACGGUCCACCGCCGAAAAUAGAAGAAAAAUGAAAUUGGCCAUUUGACGAAAGAAACAGUCCUCUUCCACCGAGUCGAAUACGACCACUUCAUGUACUUAUACAUACACGUACCAAACGCGGUUAGAUUAGAGAGGGAGGGAGACGCACCCUCUACGGAGAUCCCCAUUGGAUUUGUAUACAGCUUCACCACACGUCGCUGACGAUUUGCUAACCUGCGUCCCCGGAGAUGAACAUAUAGGGUUGGUGAUAUUUAUAAGCGUAUACGCAUAUUUACUGGGAUAAAAAGAGAGUGAAGAUGGCAGCUCCACCAGCUAGGGCUAGAGCCGAUUACGAUUAUUUGAUUAAACUGCUGCUCAUUGGUGACAGCGGUGUGGGCAAGAGUUGUUUGCUUCUUCGUUUUUCGGAUGGUUCCUUUACAACAAGCUUCAUUACCACUAUCGGUAUUGAUUUUAAGAUAAGAACUAUAGAGCUGGACGCAAAACGAAUUAAGUUGCAAAUUUGGGAUACAGCUGGUCAGGAGCGGUUCCGAACUAUCACAACAGCUUACUACCGAGGAGCUAUGGGUAUCUUGCUGGUGUAUGAUGUCACUGAUGAAUCAUCUUUCAAUAAUAUUAGGAAUUGGAUUCGCAACAUUGAGCAACAUGCUUCUGAUAAUGUUAACAAAGUAUUGGUGGGAAACAAGGCUGACAUGGAUGAAAGCAAAAGGGCUGUUCCUACCUCCAAAGGUCAAGCUCUUGCCGAUGAGUAUGGUAUAAAGUUCUUUGAAACGAGUGCAAAGACAAACUUGAAUGUAGAGGAGGUUUUCUUUUCGAUUGCUAGAGAUAUAAAACAACGGCUUUCGGAAACUGAUUCUAAGAUCGAGCCUCAGGCCAUUAGGAUCAACCAAUCAGAUCAGCCAACUUCAGGUGGUGCAGCUGCACACAAGUCUACCUGCUGUGGUUCAUAACAUGAGAAUUGACAACCAUAUUCAGAGCAUUGGAAGGUGUAUAAUUGUUGGGGAAUAAAAUUGUUCAUCCAUAUUUUCCACUGCCUCGUCAUUUUAUCGUCUUUCUUCUAGCUUCUAUGUAUUAAAAGUUUAUUUUUUAUCUUUUUAUUUGUGAAUACACUUGUUCGACUAUUUAUUUGACGUAUUUUUGUUACCUUGGUGCUCUGUUUUCAUUUUUUCCUUUUUAUUACGCUACUGAUUUAGAUGUAAAGGAAAAGAUAUAACAUCAAGAGAUUCCUUUUA